CGAGGGUCUCUCGUCGCAUGGGAGAAAAAGAAAAUGUACGAGGGGCAGCGAUUCGUGGAUAUGCAAGGAAAUUCCGAUUUCGGAGACCCUAAUUCGUGGCUUUCAGCUCAUGAUAACUCUUCUUCCGAACUUGCUAGCUCCGCCGCCGCUGCUGCCGCCGCAUCUGGUGGUGCUGGAAACUUGCAUCGCGUCCUCUUCAACGACCUUGUCGAGAUUGUUCCUCUCGUUCAGUCCCUCAUCGAUCGUAAAGCAAGAAGCUCAUUCACCCGUCGUGGUUCCAUUAUCUACACCAAAACGCCUACAAGAGAAACGUUGUCUAAAAAAGCAACAGAUUUAAGAGGGAAAAAUGCCACUCAAUCUAUUCCUGUCAAAAAGAAAAAGGACCAAGCUGAAAAAGAACAAGGCAAAAAUGGUAACAAUAAUUCUGAUGCUGACAGUUUUUCUAUGUUUUCUUCAAGAGCUUCGACAUCAGAAAAGGACAGCGAAGAGCUAGUUAUAUUGAAGGAACAAGUAGAGGAACUUCAGAGGAAAUUGCAGGAGAAAGAUGACCUUCUAAGGUCAGCUGAAAACACAAGCGAACAACUGAAUGCUUUUAAUGCAAAUCUCGAUGAUCUGAAACGCCAGGCUUCAGAAAAGGACUCUUUGCUUAAGUAUACUCAACAACAACUCUCUGAUGCUAAGAUUAAGCUUGCAGACAAGCAAGCUGCCCUUGAAAAGAUACAGUGGGAAGCAAUGACAUCGAACAAGAGAGUGGAGAAACUCCAAGAAGAGCUAGAUUCUGUGCAAGGAGACAUUUCAUCAUUUAGAUUGUUCCUUGAGAGCUUAACAAAAACCGAUACUGCUGAUUACACCGAUGAUUAUGACACCAAGCCUUGUGAUUUAAAUUACGUUUCCAGUAUUGAUGAUUUGGAUGAGGUGGAAUUGCAGAAAAUGGAAGAUGCAAGAAAAGCUUACAUUGCUGCACUUGCCAUUGCCAAGGAAAAACGAGAUGAAGAAUCAGUUGCUGCUGCCGCUAAAGCUAGGUUACAUCUACAGUCAUUUGUUUUCAAAUCCAAAAAUUUCACUAUGUAGUUUCAUUUUAAUUGCUUACACGCUAGGCCCUGUAGUCACAUAGAUUAAUGCACUUUCGUCUGUAUCAGCGGCAUUUGUUAAUGGUUUGUCUAUAUAAAAUGCCUUUUUGAUUCAUUCAACUACAUAUAGUUGUGUCAUUUUAUAUCAUAAAGUGAAACUGGUUCAAUGAGGUGAUGCUUUAAGGUCUGUGAAAAUAUUGUUUUAUUUUCAUUUGGGUUAACUACCAAUGGAAAUGAUCGACAUUUUCUCUUUUUACAAUCUUGUUUUUGUUACUAUAUCUUUUUUG